GGCUGUCCGCCUCCACUGGCCAGCAAUUGGGUUUACACACGGCUCAGUUCCUGUCAGGAGAUUUGUUUGUGGGGUGUGGGGAAGUGGAGUGGGAUGGGUAUAAGAAGGAAGUGUGAAGCCUGGGGAAGAGACCCUGUUUAGAAAGCUGGGUACCGGGAGAAGCCACCAUGCCCAGCUCUGCUGAAGCCAGGAUGGGUGUGAGGGUGGCGCUGACAGGCUUUGCGGUCCUGAUGCUGCUCCAGUGCUGCUCUUCAUACAAGCUGGUCUGCUACUACACCAACUGGUCCCAGUAUCGGGAAGGCGACGGGAGCUGCUUCCCGGAUGCCAUCGACCACUUCCUCUGCACCCACAUCAUCUACAGCUUUGCCAACAUCAGCAACAAUGAGAUCGACACAUGGGAGUGGAAUGAUGUGACACUCUAUGGCACGCUGAACGCACUUAAAACCAGAAACCCCAACCUGAAGACCCUCCUGUCUGUUGGAGGAUGGAACUUUGGCUCACAAAGAUUUUCCAGGAUUGCCUCCAACUCUCAGAGACGCAGGACUUUCGUCCAAUCGGUUGCCCCAUUUCUGCGGGCCCAUGGCUUUGAUGGGCUGGAUCUCGCCUGGCUUUACCCUGGCCCAAGAGACAAGCAACAUCUCACCACCCUGAUCAAGGAACUAAAGGCCGAAUUCACAAAGGAAGUCCAACCAGGGACAGAGAAACUCCUGCUCAGCGCAGCUGUGUCAGCAGGGAAGGUGGCCCUGGACAGUGGCUACGACAUCGCCCAGAUAUCCCAACACCUGGAUUUCAUUAGUCUCAUGACCUACGAUUUCCACGGAGUCUGGCGCCAAACCGCAGGACAUCACAGCCCCCUCUUCCGAGGCCAAAAGGACACUGGUUCUGACAGAUUCAGCAAUGUGGACUAUGCUGUGGGGUACAUGCUGAGGCUGGGAGCCCCGGCCAGCAAGCUAGUGAUGGGAAUCCCAACCUUUGGAAAGAGCUUCACGCUGGCAUCUUCUGAGACGCGGGUGGGAGCGCCAAUCUCGGGGCCAGGAUUACCAGGCCGGUUCACCAAGGAGGAAGGGACCCUUGCCUACUAUGAGAUCUGUGAUUUCCUCAAAGGAGCUGCAAUACAAAGAAUCCUUGGCCAGCAGGUUCCCUAUGCUACCAAGGGCAACCAGUGGGUGGGGUACGAUGACCAGGAGAGUGUCAAAAACAAGGUGCAGUACCUGAAAAGCAAGCAGCUGGCAGGAGCCAUGGUGUGGGCGCUGGAUUUGGAUGACUUCCGGGGCUCCUUCUGUGGGCAGAACCUACGCUUCCCGCUCACCAAUGCCAUCAAGGAGGCACUUGCUAUGGCUUAGCGCUUCCUCUCCCACGUGACCCACGCCCUCUGGCCACUUGCACUGCUAUGUCCCCCAGCUGGGCCUCAGGUUCCCUCCCUUGCAGGGGCCACAGCACUGAGAUUUGGGCUCAGCCCUGGUGAACAGAGAGCCUGGCAGGACAGUGGGGUUGAUCGAGAGAGUCGAAGUGUGAGGUCAGGUUCAGUACAUCUCUGCUGAGGAAUGGAAAUUCUCAGACUCUAAGCCCAGCACAAGGGAGUUUCUUCAACUCCCUUUCCUUCAGCUCUCCUGACCCAAGGACACCAUUUUGGCAAGUUAUACCAUCAAGCAGGCAAGCAUCUUACAAGAUGCCGUGGCCAUACUAAUUAUACCCUCUGCAAAGCCUGACUUGAAACCUUCUCUUACGAACAUAAUCGUGUCUCUAUCCCACUUCCCUUUCCUAAUUCCGCAGCUGCCCAAUAAAGCACAAGAGCUUAACAGUG